GCUUAUUUUUCUAUUUUUCAAAUACUUUCCUUAUACGUGAGCUUAUUUUUCUAUUGGGCAGAAAUGUCAUUCUUUUCAAACCCGCACAUUAUUUUUAUGAAAAAUUAAGAUUUUUUAUUUCCUAUUGAUUGGAAACCAUCGGCUGUAGUACCAUAAUAAAUUUAUUCGAUGUUCGAUACGAGUUAUUUUUCCAACGGUAGCUGCACUUGCAGCUGUUGAUAAGGACGUGACAACGGUGAAAGUGAUGACCGAUGAGUAAUGAACCUCAAUUCGUCCAAUUCAUAUUCAUGAAGAGAAGAAGCAGAAGAUAAGGUUUAAUUUGGUUGCAGAAAUGGAAGAGAAAUUGUCAACCUUUGCAAAGUCAACUACACCUUCCCCAAUUCAACAACUUUCUUAUCUCGCUCAACGUUCUAAUGCCAUCAAUCUCGCUGAAGGUUUUCCCGAUUUUCCUGCUCCUUCCCACCUCAAAAAUGCUGCUGUUUCUGCCAUUAAUUCUGACUUCAAUCAAUACAGGCAUGUGCAGGGAAUAUGUGAUCAUGUAGCAAAGAAUAUGAAGAACAUACAUGGUUUGGAUGUUGAUCCUAUAACUGACAUAGUGAUAUGUUGUGGUCAAACAGAAGCAUUUGCUGCAGCAAUGUUUGCCUUACUUGAUCAAGGUGAUGAAGUUAUUGUUAUUGAUCCUUCGUAUGAGACAUACGAAUCUUGUAUCCGUAUGGCUGGAGGAGUCCCGGUAUUUGUGUCCUUAGACCCUCCAUAUUGGACGCUGAACCCGGAGAAACUUAUGAAGGUUUGUACAUCGAAAACGAAAGCUAUAGUGUUGAACAGCCCUCAUAAUCCAACAGGCAAAGUGUUUGGGCUAGACGAGCUGGACAUAAUCGCGGAAACUUGCCGGAAACAGGACUGCCUAGCUGUUACAGAUGAAGUUUAUGAGCAUAUCACCUAUGAUAAUGAGAAGCACAUAUCCCUUGCUUCACUUCCAGGAAUGCAAGAGCGGACGAUCAUCACCUCAUCCUUGUCUAAGACGUAUUGUGUGACAGGUUGGAGAAUCGGAUGGGCCAUUGCCCCCAUAUGCAUUGCCGAUGCUAUAAGAAACAUACAUAUAAGACUUACUGACUCCGCUCCAGCACCUUUCCAAGAAGCUGCCUUGACGGCUUUGCUAAGCCCUCCAAAAUACUAUGAAUCGCUCAAAGAAGACUUCGAAUCAAGACGAGACUUCGUAGUUGAAAUGUUGAGUGGCGUUGGUUUCCAAGUCGAGUUUAAGCCUCAGGGUUCGUUUUUCAUAUUCGCGGAGCUGCCCAACGAUUAUGAACAUUGUGAUAUAGACUUUGUUGAAGAAUUGAUAAAACAGGCAGGCGUAGUCGCUGUUCCCGGAUGUGGAUUUUUCCAUUCAAAGCAUCCACCAGAUGGAUACCAACGAAGGUACAUUCGAUUUGCUUUCUGCAAGAGCAGCCAGACGUUGAUUGCUGCCCAUCGAAAAAUAAGUGCACUUCUAAACUCCGCUGGCCGCCUUAAGCUUUUCCUCGCGGAAAAAGGCCCUGAUACUUGACAAUUCUGUGAGCUGAUUUUCUGCUUCAAUCUUGCUCACCUUUACAUAGUAACAUAGAGGUAUCAGCACUUCAAAAUUGUAGUAAUUUCUGCAAGCAAUCUAGCAUGUAUAACUGUUUGUAGAUUUUCCUAAAUCGUAAUGUGAUGAAUCUUAUGCAUAAAUUA